GAUAUCAAUCACAAGAAAUCAAGUACCAAAGGAAAUUACAAGCACUACCCCUCCAACUCGCCCGACCACACCCAACAGUUUGCACGGAUCCUCCGAGACUUGCAGAAAUGCCCACUUUCACAAUAGGCCGUGAAACUACGACUUGUCUUGCAAUGCAAAACUUCUUGGGCCAUCAAUUUGUGACUUUAAUAGCUGCUCAUUGA